AUGUCAGUGGAACAGGAGAGAAGACAGAUGUCAGUGGAACAGAAGAGAAAACAGAUGUCAGUGGAACAGGAGAGAAGACAGAUGUCAGUGGAACAAGAGAGAAGACAGAUGUCAGUGGAACAGGAGAGAAGACAGAUGUCAGUGGAACAGAAGAGAAGACAGAUGUCAGUGGAACAGAAGAGAAAACAGAUGUCAGUGGAACAGAAGAGAAAACAGAUGUCAGUGGAACAGGAGAGAAGACAGAUAUCAGUGGAACAGGAGAGAAGACAGAUGUCAGUGGAACAGGAGAGAAGACAGAUGUCAGUGGAACAAGAGAGAAGACAGAUGUCAGUGGAACAGGAGAGAAGACAGAUGUCAGUGGAACAGAAGAGAAAACAGAUGUCAGUGGAACAGAAGAGAAGACAGAUGUCAGUGGAACAGAAGAGAAAACAGAUGUCAGUGGAACAGAAGAGAAAACAGAUGUCAGUGGAACAGAAGAGAAGACAGAUGUCAGUGGAACAGGAGAGAAAACAGAUGUCAGUGGAACAGAAGAGAAGACAGAUGUCAGUGGAACAGGAGAAAAGACAGAUGUCAAUGGAACAUUUGAUUCGCAAAUUGAUUUUUCACUUAAACAAGAAAGUACAACAAAGAAGAGAAAAAAAGAGUACAUCAAACUGA